AUGGAUUCCACCGUGUAUGCUCCGUCUUCACAAGCUUUGAUACAACCCAUCUCCUCUUCGAUAAACAAAAAUGUGAAAAUGGAGUCAGGUAGUGGGAAACCAUCGUCUUCCUCGACUAGGGCUGCCAUGAAGGCCACCACUGUGGAGGCUAUUGUUGUGACUAUGAAUCCUUACUUGGAAUCUAAUAUCCCUGGAUCUUCACUGAUGCUUAUAGACACUUCCUCUAUUGAACCUUCUUCCAAUUCGAAUCCCCUUACAUCUUGCGUAGAUCUGAUCCCAUCUUCUGGAAAGGAAGCUUCUAUUCAUACCUUGGUCAAUCUUGCCGCUUCACUUCCUCCGUUUCAAUGUCCUUUCACUACCACUACCGUUCCUACAAGUCCUGAUUUGGCGAGUGCUUCUGAUGAAGAAACCCUUGACAAAGCUCAUUAUCAUCUAAUGGAGGGUAUGCAUCUCCUUAAUGAGGUAUCUGCUCAUACCAAGGUCCGUAAGGAGCUUCUGGCCCAACGUCAGGCUAAAUUUGAGGAGGGCCAGCGAAAGUUAAAAGAGAUAGGCAAGAUUCAUGAACGAAACGAACAAGAAGCACAAGAACUCCAAGAAAGGGUGAAGGGGUUGUCUGAAAGGAAUGUUCUUCUUGUUGGUGACCUAAGUGAAAGUAUUCGCUGCCAAAAUGAGUUGAAGAACUUGAAUGAGGAUCUUCAGAUCAAAGCAGAUGAUGCCAUUGGUCGUCGUUCUGUGCUCGCCAAGGAUUUGGAGGAGAAGACUCACCGGUUCGAGUCCCUAAAGCUUUGA